AUCUGCCGCCGUUUCAUCAUAGAGAAGCCAAAGCGGCCUAGAGAGGGGAGCUGUCUAGCUUCCAGUGAUCCAAGGAAGGUCUCCCUCUCUCUAUGGUAGCGCGGCUCUUCCCGGAAGUUUGGUAGCUCCGGCGGCUGUGAGUGUGAGUAAAGGGAGGAGGAAAGCGCUGCUCCGGGAUGGUGAGGUUUAAGAACAGGUAUUUCCUCUGCGAGAUUAUCGCUGAAGACCCCCGCUGUCGGCAGCUCACUGAUGAGCGAGCGGUGCACAGUACAGUGAAGAAUGCCGUUGCGAGAGUGCAUGGCGACUUUGGCCUUGCCUGCUGCUCCAUUGCCUUUUCAGUGAAGUACCUCAAUGCCUACACAGGCAUAGUUCUUCUGUGUUGCCGGAAGGACUUCUAUCGGCUUCUCUGGUCAUCUCUUCCCUUUAUCACUGUUUUGGAGAACAAGAAUCAACGUUGUCUUUGUACCUUUAACACACUACUUGUUGGAGCUACAAUAAGGACGUGUCAGAAAUUCCUAAUCCGGUACAACAGGGACCAGCUGCUGCUAUUGCUACGGAACUGCACCAGUGAAGCGGAUCGACAAGCUAUCCAUCAGUCAAUGAAGAGCUGUAUGCUUGUGGGAGAGGAACAGAAGAAGGAGGACAGUGAAGACAGCAUGGAGAUGGCCUGACCAACACUACAACCCUUGUGUUGCUUUUUGUAUGAGAAGAGGCUGGCAUGGAGGGUGCUUGCUGGCAAGGAUCCUGCUCCUUCUCAAAAAAGAAGAGUGCGUAUUUUGUAUGUGAUCAUUAAAGCCAAUCAUGUUUCCA